GAGAUUUCAAGGUACAAAACUUUUAUUCCAUCUGCAGUUGGUUAUCACUCGAAUCAUUCUUCUUUGUCUCCAAGCGUUUUCAUGUGUUCUUUCCUGUAUUGUGAAGGGGGUCUAAUUUGCAGAGGAGUUCUUUCUAAGCUCCCAAACCACAACGUGCACAACUUCAUUGUGCUGUCAUCACCACUAGCUGGACAGUUUGGAGUGCCUGAAAUGUUACAUGAGUUUAUUCCUGUUUCUGGAAGAAAAUUAGUGUACCUCAUAUGCUACAGACGAGUUGUGCAGAGGCACUUUUCUAUUUGCAACUAUUGGAAUGGUAAGAUCAGAAUUCCUAAUGAGAGUUUUUGUUUAUUGGUUGCAGAAGAAUAGAAACUACAACACAUGUUUUGUCUGCAGAUCCUCAUCGCAGGGUAAAAGACCUGAAAUUCAACAACUUCCUUCCACUGCUGAAUGGUGAAAAAGCGCACGGAAAAAUGGCAGGUAGUGGGUUUGGUUUCCUUCUUCUUGCUUGGCAGACCUCAGAGCAAAAAUACUGUAAAAAUCUUUUUUGCAGAGUGGAAGAAAAACUUCUUGCGCAUUAAGAAGUUGGUGCUGAUUGGAGGACCAGGUGAUGAUGUCAUCACCCCGUGGCAGUCCAGCCAUUUUGGAUUCUACAACAGCAAUGAAGCCAUCAUUGAAAUGAAGAAACAGAAUUUUUACAGGAAAAACACGUUUGGUCUGAAGACACUGGACACUCGCGGCGACUUAAUCGUGUGCACUCAGUCCGGGGUCAAACAUAUGGAGUGGCACUCCAACCAGAGUGUGUUUGAGAAAUGCAUUCAGAAAUGGCUUGACUGAAGAUGAGACAAGCCUGAUUCAGCAGAGGGUCAGUGCUGUCUCAAAUGAGCUCUGUGUGGAUCAAAACAAUGGACGGCUCAACCUCUCCCCUUUUGUGUUCCAAAUGGGAAGUACCCCCUGGUUGCAAGAAGGCCAAAAUCCCAUAGACUUCUAUUGAGAAAUAGUUAUUUUUCAGUCAUUUUAUAUUUCAGAAUAACCAUUCUUGCCCUGAUAGACUCCUCUUAACAAGUUCUUUCAAAUCCUAUUUUUUUAAAUACAUUUUCACUUAAUUGCAAGUUAUUCAAGUUACAAAACGACCAAUCAGACGCCUCGGCAAAAGCAUGUGACGCACGCUGGCCCCACUUCGAACGUUUAAUUGGCCGAUUCUCCGAAGCUCACUUUCAGUGGGGGAGAUGUGGACUUCAAACAAGCUAGAAGAAGCUCACUCGAGAUUGGUGACAGUAGUAGUUCCUCUAAAAACAUGACUAAUCUUUGUUUACUGGUUGUAAUAUGGCGGUAGAGGUAUCAGUAAGUAACUGAGAAGACUACAAGGCUCUAAACUAAAUUUUUGCACUAGUUGCACCAGUGCACCAAACUUUUUUUAUUAGGUCCACCAGCGCAAAAGUUUGGUGCACCUACCUUCUCAACCACACUACAUUUAACUCAAUGCUUUUACAUGGUUACUUUCCUUUUUAACUGUUGUCAAUAUUGGCAUUAGAACUUACAAAGUGGUAAACAUAAAACCAUUUAUUUAGAACACAAAUUCUACAAUAAUGAUAAAUUACAUUAAAAAGUUGAUGUUUAAACACCCUCUCCAAUGAAAUUUGUGUUUUCUGUGUUUUUA